AGAGCAUAAGAUGCCAUUCGCAUCCUCCGCCGGUAUAAAAGAUCCCGACCGAUCCUCCCCGACCAAAAAGCCGUUGAACUCUCCUCGCCGUCCCUCCUCCGCUUAACGCCUCUCUCGAUCCCUCUUUCUCGAUCUCUCUCGGAGAAGAACAACGAUGGCCGAUCAGCUCACGGACGACCAGAUCUCCGAGUUCAAGGAAGCUUUCAGCUUGUUCGACAAGGACGGAGACGGUUGCAUCACAACCAAGGAACUGGGAACUGUUAUGAGAUCACUGGGGCAGAAUCCUACUGAGGCAGAGCUUCAGGACAUGAUCAAUGAGGUGGACGCAGAUGGCAAUGGUACAAUAGACUUCCCAGAGUUCCUUAACCUGAUGGCUCGCAAGAUGAAGGACACUGAUUCAGAGGAGGAGCUCAAGGAGGCCUUUCGGGUGUUUGACAAGGACCAAAAUGGGUUCAUCUCAGCUGCCGAGCUUCGCCAUGUCAUGACCAACCUUGGUGAGAAGCUAACUGAUGAGGAGGUUGAUGAGAUGAUCCGCGAGGCUGAUGUUGAUGGUGAUGGCCAGAUCAACUACGAGGAGUUCGUCAAAGUCAUGAUGGCCAAGUGAGAAAUCCUUCCUCACUAAGAACCUUUAUAUAACAAGCAGAACAUCAUGGCAGCUUAGUAGUAUUAUGGGAUUCCCUUCAUUCGUGGUCUUGUAGUUAGUAGUAGUUAUUUAGUUAGUUGUGUCCUAGUUGUGGAAAAUAUAAGAACAGCGAUACAUACCGUCUCUCUUCUGGCUUGGAUGGUUGUGUUGCACUGUUUGUGUUUGUUUCUGUUUCCUGAUCUUUUCAUCCUCUUCAGAACUUGGACUUGGAUCUAUAUGUAGGAUCUUCCUUUUCCAUUAUCUUCUAAACUAUUGCAAACUAGCUACAGGGCGCCAUCUUGGAUGACUCAAA